UUUGGGAUUUGCUCAAACUAAAAAAACUGAUCGAUCUCUCUGUGUGUAUUCUCUCUCCCACCUUUCUUCUGAUUAAGAAGAAGAAGAAGAAGAAGAAGAAGAAGAUGGGGAGCAGUUAUUUCGGGGAGCCAAACAUGGGAGGAGGAGGAGGAGGAUCGUCUUCUAGUUCUUCAAGGAAAGGGAAGAAGAGUAAUUCCGACAAGCCGAAGCAACCGCAGAGAGGGCUUGGAGUUGCUCAGUUAGAGAAGAUCAGAUUACAUGGUCAAAUGGGAUUCAUCAAUCCUUACCCUACUAACAAUUUCAUCACUAACCAGCAGGUGGAGGAUACAAGAAUGCAAGCAGCAGCUUAUUCAUCGUCUUUCGCUUCGUCACAGUCCUCUUCAUCUCCCUCAGUCUCUUAUGGCUUCCACCCUAACAUGAUGAUGGGGCUUGGUGAAUUUGAUCAAAGAGCAAGCAUGAUAUACGGUGAUCCUUCCCAAUUACACAGUACAACACCAAGAUGGGAACCCAGCAAUGCUAUGUUAGAGCCAACCCAACAGUUUGUGCAACCAAGCAUCACUACUAGACAUCUCCUAAAUCCACCAGCAGUAGUACUAGAGGAGUUUCAUCAGAAUAAUAGCAAAAAACAUAGAAGUAAUUCGAUGGGCUCAAGCAGUCAGAACUCUGAAUCCAGUGACUCUCAAGAAGUAGAUUUGGAACUCAGACUCUCACUUUAAUUAGUGUAAGUUCGAUCAUUUCCCGCCACUCAAGAUCUGCAAAUUCAAACUGAAAAUGGGGUUAGCUUGAA